AGCUUAAUCUAUGGUAGUCAUUGUCAAAUGUCAUUUUUGUUAUUUUAGGUUCUUCUGGCGCCAAAGUUUGUCGAUUAAUAUUUUUUUAAUAUAAUUUGUGUCCUGUUAAUUGUACUAAUACAGUGAAUUGAAAAAAAAAAAAUGUUAUUUAAAGUAGAGCCUAACUUCUCAGAGAAAGUUGCAAAUGACUUUUUGCCAGUUGAAUUGGAAAGACAAACCGUAGAUUACGUGGAUUCAUCCAAAAGAUUUUAUCAAGUUUCCCGAGAUUUUUCUAGACAAUAUGCUCAUAUUUACUCAGCUAGAUUAAAUGAAUAUAGAAAUGUAAUCAUCCCAAUAGUUAGGAAGAAAUGGUCAAGUCAUUAUAAGAUUCUUAAAUUGUGCGAACUUCGAGAGAAAAAUGAAAAAUGUAUUGUUAUUGGAACGAUAUUUAAAUUACAGGAAUUAAAGCCAAGUAUAUUGAGAGAGUUGUCAGAACAGUUAGAAAUUAUACCUCAACCAGCAAGAACUCAUUUUGUACAUGAUAAUGAUAGCCUAGUGUUGGAGGAUGAGCUUCAAAGAAUCAAAUUGAUUGGUGACUCAAUAGAUGUUCAUCAAGUAGUUACUGGAGUUGUAUGUGCUGUUUUAGGUUCUGAAGAUGAGGAUGGAGUUUUCACAAUAGAAGAUGUAUGCUGGGCAGGUUGUAACAUACAAAAACCACUGCCUAAACUCUCUAAUGAUAGGUACAUUGUCCUUUUAUCUGGUUUGAAUAUGGCAACGAAGAAAGCUGAUAAUUUAUUUUCUUUGCAUUUACUACUGGAGUGGUUGUCAGGUAUUUCUGGUACUUCACAAUAUCAGGAAGAAUUAUCAAAAAUUGUCAGAGUAAUUAUUGCAGGUGGUGUGUUUGCAAGUCAUUCUGAUGAGAAUAUUCUCAGUGAGUCAGAUGUGAUAGCAUCAGCUGAGGCAGCCGAUGCAUUUGCUGCUGCUGUCAGCUCUGUGGCACCGUUAGACCUGAUGCCAGGUUGCAAAGAUCCUUCUGGUAUUAUGCUGCCACAGAAACCAUUCCAUUACUGUUUAUUUCCAAAGGCCAUAGAGUACAAGUCAUUUCAUCGAGUUUCUAAUCCAUAUGAAUGUGAUAUUGCAGGAUUCACUUGCCUGGGCACAUCAGGUGAGCCAAUUAAAGAUAUAAUGAGAUACAGUAAUGUAAAUAAUGCAUUGGACGCAAUGAGAAGCACAUUAAAAUGGCGUCAUAUGGCACCUACUUGUCCUGACACAGUUCCAUGUACUCCAUGCGUUGAUACGGAUCCAUUCAUAAUACAAAACUGUCCUGCUAUAUAUUUCAGUGGGAAUUGUGAAGAAUUUGCCACUGAUGUUUACAAAGGAGAUGAAGGACAGUACGUGAGACUAGUGUGCCUACCAGAUUUUUCCGUGUCAAAGACUAUGGCAGUUGUAAACUUACAGAAUCUGGAAUGUUACAGCAUGAAAUUCUCCUAAAAGGUGUUUAUUUUGAAUUAAAAAUUUUAAUAAAUAUUUUUACAUCAUUA